AAAGGACUGUAACUAAAACAAUAGACUAUAAUAGUAUAAUACUAGGGACUAGGCUUCUCUUGUCUAGAUUCUAGACUCUAGAUAAAAGUGUAAUCUAGAGAUCUAUUAGAUCCACGUAUUAGAUCUAAAUCUAGACUCUAUAUAGAUUUUAGAGUAAUGAUAUGAAAUGUUUUCUGCUCCAAGUUCAUUGGUUGUUGGGUUUGUUGUCUUCGUCUCAAGCUUAGUUCUGUAUGUUGUAAGACUACAUCCUUCGUUACCAGGAGGAGACUCAGGGGAAUUGAUCGCUGCUGCACAUGAAUUAGGGGUAGCCCAUCCACCAGGUUAUCCCCUCUUCACACUUCUAGCCAAGUUGUUCAUCAUUUUGAUUCCAGGGACCUCCGUUGCUUGGAAAGUCAAUUUGUUGUCAGCGUUCUGUGCCGCAUUAAACUCAGCAGUUUUGUAUUUACUGGUCCAUCGGCUGACACUAUCAAACGGAGCAGCACUAUUUGCAUCAACAGUAUUUAGCUUCAGUCCUCUUGUGUGUGUGUGGUCCUUAGCAGCGGAAGUGUUCAGUCUCAAUAAUCUUCUUUUGUCCAGCCUAAUCUUCAGUGCAGUAGUGUUUGAAUCCUCCGACAAAGAUACAGCUGCAAAGAUUUCAUUGAAAGGAUCUUUUCUUUGUGGUUUAUGCCUAACCAAUCAACAUACAAGUGUCUUGUAUAUUCUUCCCAUCAUUCCCUGGGUGUUGUACACGCUCUGGAAAUUAAAGUUACUGAGUGCUCAGCUUUUAGUGAAACAAGGUCUACUGUUUGCAUUGGGUCUGUCCCCCUACUUGUACCUCCCAGUAUCUUCAUGGCUUCAUUUGGCCAGGUGGACAUGGGGUGACUCCAGGACACUGGAAGGAUUUCUGAUUCAUCUUCUGCGUGUAGAGUAUGGCACAUGGGAUCUGUUAAAAGAUCAUAUAGGCCAAGGAUUUCUAACUGGUAUAAUUGCUUACAUCAACCACAUCACAGCAGACCUUUCAUUGUUUGUCUUACUUCUGGCCGUACUGUCUCUAAUUUCUAUAUAUUCAAGAUACAAAGUCAACAAAAGUAAUGUGCUAGUUGUACUUAUGUUGUCACUGUUGCUGUAUGUGGUUUUCUUUUGCUGGAGAGCUAAUCUGGACCUGAGUAACCCAUUAUUUUAUAAAGUGGUUGAACGAUUUUGGAUUCAAAGUGAUUUAAUUCUUGUGAUAUUGGCCAGUGUUUCAUUUGCUGAUGUUUGCAGAUUUAUUUCUGCCAAGCUGAAUAUCAGCCAACUGAGUUUAGAGAGCAUUCUUGUUUGGCCCUUGGUCAUCUCCUAUAUUGUGCAAGGUUGGGCAUGGUCUGAUCAAAGUAACAAUUUUAUUAUCCAUGACUUUGCAAUCCAGACAUUAGAGAAAUUCCCCAAAGAUUCAAUUAUAUUAACCAAAGGUGAUCUCCCUUCUAAUACAUUUAGGUACUUUCACUUGUGUGAAAAUGUCCGUCCUGACUUGUCACUAUUUGAUCAAGAAGUUUUGACUUAUGAAUGGUCACUGCCCAUGAUGAGACAGUUCUGGCCAAAGAUAAAUUUUCCAGGAGAUUUUAUGCACUUAUACACAGGUGUUAUUAAAAAUGGCAAAAGAUCAUUCACCUUUAAAGAUUUAAUUGAUGCCAACUACAAAAGCCAUCCAAUUUUUGCUUGUAUUGGAAUGCAAAACCAUGAACCCUCCUGGAAGUCUGCCUAUGUACUAUGGCCUUAUGGUGUGUGCUUCCAGCUGGUUGACAAAGACAAAGAGCUGGACAUAGCUACAUGGACCAACUACACGGCUGAUUUGGCAUGUGCCUGGACUUAUCCCUUGAACAGCUUGAAUGAUGGAUCAUGGGAAAAUGUGGCCAGUUCAGAAAUGUGGAGAGCAAAAACUGUAACAGCAUUAUUUUACCUGGAGGAAGCUUUAGAACACCAAGAAAACAGUCCAGAAUAUCUCCAACUUCUUCAAGAAUCGUAUCGGUUGUACACCAAAGAGUUCAGUGCCCAUGGCAUUGUGCCCAGCUAUUGGCAUCGCAACUAUGCCAUUGUCUGUGAGAGGUUGAUACAUGUCCACACCCAGCUGGACCACACCUUGUUGUUGAACAAAACUAUUCACCACUUUAAUCAGUUUCUGGAAAUGGAGCCAGGGGAUAUUGAUGCUGACAACAUUAGGAAAGCUGUGACAUCACUCGAGAGCUACAGAUCAAGUCUUUCUCAGGCUCACCAUUAGUUCUCAUUAAGUCUUUAUCAGAGCAUUAGUUUUUUUUAUCAAAUCAUAAGCUCAUUAUCAAAGCAUUAGCUCAUUUUCAAAGCAUUAGCUCUUUAUCAUAUCAUAAGCUCAUUACCAUAGCAUCAGUUCUUUAUCAAAUCAUAAUUUCAUUAUCAAACCAUUAGUUCUUUACCAAUUCAUAAGGUCAUUAUCAAACCAUUAGUUCUUUAUCAAAUCAUUAGUUCUUCAUCUAAUCAUUAGCCCUUACCACAUCAUUAGUUCUUAUCACAUCAUUCAUUUAUGGAACAUCAAUAGUUCUCAUUAGCUUUUUCAUCACUUAAUUAAGUCUCAUCACUUUAGUUCCUUCCAUUUAUCCCACAAUCAGCCCUAAUGACAUCAUUAGUUCACAGAAGCUGAUAGUUCAAUAUGUUGUUUCUUACUAUUCAGUGUGAGGCGAGUUGUUACUCUCAUCUGCUUCAAUCAGUGUCCCCACUGUUCUAACAUUUAUAUUUACAAGGUCUCCUAAUUUCUGCUCAUCAGAGACCAGGGGCUGGAGUGGUGACCCUUACAUGGAAUAGUGAUGGUGUAUAGGAACAUGUAUUAAUUAGUCACUACCAUUGUGGAAUUUUUAACAGGACUUGGGGUGAAUAGCUCCUGGUCCAUAAAUGGUCAUUGGAUAAAAUGCUUUCUAAUGGUUAAUUGGGAUGAUGAGGCCUGCAAUGCCUAUUCUCUACUGGACUUUAGAUGAAAAUGCAAUAUUUUUAGGUCAGUUUAAAAAGCAUAAAUGUUUGUUUUAACAAACAAAAUAACAGCAGGCACAUAUCUUUGUGCACCUUAUUUUGUGCAGAGUACUAACAUUGUCAUGAAGCUUGCAUUCAAAUGUAUGAAUCUCCUCCAAUCAAGGUCAUUCAUGUAUAAAUAUUGUUUGACUGAGUGUACAAGUAUUUUAUUAUAGUUCAUUGUUUAGCUGGUAUAAUCACUGUCACCCGCUAGCUGGGCUCGUGUUCAGGGACUGGGUAUUAACAAUUAUUGUCAAUUUGACAAAUGCAUUUCUUGCAAUAAGCCCAAAGUCUUUUAUUGUCAGCAUAUAUUAUGUUUAUGUUUUCUAUUUUAGUGAGAUUAUGUCAUUAUAAUGAAAGUCUUGAAAUGCCCCUAUCACAACAUUUGUCUCACCUUCUUGAGUGUUUUUAUACAACUGUGGAACUAAUACAUAUUGGAUAAUUUUUUUAAAGCAUAUAUUUAAUUGUAGUCAUUCACUGUCUCCAUUGGGUCGUGACAAUUUGACAUGUAGAAUGCAUCACAUUUUCUUCAUUUAAAAUAUAAUAUAUUUAUUAUAUCGUACUCACUAAAAUCUUGAGCCUAAUUGUUUUACUGUCAACGCUUUCAUGUAUUUUUUUAUGGCUAAUGAGCAAUAUACAAAUACACUGACCACUGUACAAAUAAAUUAAAUGCAUUUAUGUCCCCUUGAAAUUUGAUGUGUAAGAACACCUUAACAAUGUUUCAUGUUCAUCUUAAUUUUUAGUUACAAUUCUAGUAAGAUUUGAUUUUAAAAUCAGCUUAGAGAACAUAGUGUCUUGUCCUUAUGCAAACUGCGUUUGUUGUUGAAAUAUUUUCUCUGCAUAUUGUAGAACGUAUUUUGAUGAACUAUAAAAGAGAAGUCUAAAAAUGACCUGCCUUAGUGAGAUAAACCCUGAUAAAUACAAGAUAUUGCAGAUGGUCAACUUCUUUUACUUUUUGCCAUCUUGCGCUGGUCACAUGGUCUUGUUGAUCUGAUGCAUCUUAGUUUUGUUAUGCAAACUUACCAGAUAUGUUUUGAACUCCAGAGUUAUUCCUAUUAUGUCAACACUCUUAUACUCAAUCUUUCAAUUACAUGUUCAAUGUCUAGAUGCUGUCUAUUUUUGUUACACUAUGCACUUCAGGAAAAAACAUUUCUACAAGAAUUUAUUUUCUCUACAUGUUUUUAAAGCAACUCAAUUUCCAUGGCAGCACAAAGACUUAUUUUAACAAAUGUAUUUGUGUGGUGUAUGAUUUUGAAAUGUUUAAUGUACAAAUUUUUAAAUAUUUUGUACAAAUUAUUCCUCAAUAUUUAAUUGAAAGUUGUAUGACUUGUUUUUUGAUUGACUAACAAAACUUUUAUUUACAAACUGGUUACAUUCAUAUUGAUGUGAUCACAAACUGGUUACAUUGGUACUGGUUACUAUGUGAUCACAAACUGGUUACAUUGGUACUGGUAACUAUGUGAUCACAAAUUGGCUGGGUAGAACUCAACUUUGUUGGCAGGUUCCAUGUUUAACUGUCUCAUUAUUUCCUGUGCUGCAUCACUUUUUCUGCAUAUGUCAGUGAUGUAGUUGCCCUUGAACUCACUCUGACCUCUAACCUGAAACUUUCUUGGUGCAAGGAUCUCCACAGGCAUUGAAAAGAAAUACCCAGAUCUUGUUGGUCUUGAUCUCUUAAGGUCAAUGAAGUAGCUGCCCAAGUAGGUCACUGCAGCACUCUGAAGCAAAUACAAGUUUAGAAAUGUAGAUACACAAAAAUGUUGAAUCUUUGGUGAAGUUUAUGUCACAUUGUAGCUCUUUCUUUAAAUUUAAAAAUUUUUUUUAUAUCUUUUUGUAAUGUUUAUGAUCAUUUAGCAUUGCUAAUCUUGCCCCGCCCCCAAAAUACACAUAAUUUAUUUUUUUCAGUUUUGCUUGUGUGCUAUAUUAAAUGCUGUUUCACUGUUACCCAUCAGUUCUGUAACACUACUGCCCCUCCCCCCCCCUUUUUAAAAAAAACCCAGAUCAGAAGGAAUACAAACAUUAACUUCCUACCUGAGACCCUGUCCACCAUUGCCUGAUCCUGCUACACAGCCUGUCAAUGUAACUCAGUUUGUUUGAUUUCUGCUUCAGGCUGUCUGGUGCCUUGAUAGUAUAUCGAGAAUGUUGUGUGUAAGAUGUAUAAUCACAUAAUAAUGUAUUUGCAUAUGUAACAGUAUAUUUUCUAAUAUGGUAUGCAGUAAGUAAAAAGUAAAUUCCCCUUUCAGACCUUGCAAUCUCUAGAUGAUGUAAAGGUCAUCAGUUUCUAUGGCUCGCGGUUAACGAGAGUGUUAUGUGGCCAGCACAACAACCAACCACCUUUACUUUUUCCCAACUAAUGUCAGGUACCCAUUAGAGCUGGAUGGACUCAGAGGCCCCCAAAGAUCAUGAAAUUAAAAAUCCCAGUCUUUACCAGGGUUCAAACCCGGGACUUCCAGUUUGGUAACAAUGCGCUUUAUCACUCAGCCGCCGCGCCUCUUAAUGUGGUACACAUUUAUUCAAAUAGUUUUUCUCUGUGCUGGUUGUUAGUGACAUUUCCUUGUUGCUUUUUUUUUGUUAUGAUGGGAAUGUAUUUUUUAAACCUAAAUUGUUUGCUUAAUCUUUGUAGCCUUGUGUUUAUUUGAUAAAAAUUGUUGAUGUCAUAUAUUAUAUAUAAACUCAACAGUGAUUUUGUGUGA